AUGGACGCGUCGGCGGCCGCGGCCCGGAGGGUCAACGGGCUCGUUGGGCACCUGCAGGGACAAGGGGCCCUCGUCGGGCCCGCGGGCGACUCCCCCGACGACAUCGUGGUGGUGGCUGCGCUGCGGACGCCAAUGACCAAGGCGCGGCGCGGGGGCUUGAAGGACGUGCCGCCCGAGGAGCUGAUGAGCGCGGUGCUCAAGGCCGUCCUCGACAGGACGAGCGUGCGCGGCGAGGAGGUCGGAGAUAUCGUGGUUGGGUCGGUCCUGGGCUCUGGAUCGCAGCGCGCGACCGAGGUGCGCAUGGGCGGCUUCCUCGCGGGGCUUCCUGAGACGGUGCCAGUGCGGUUGGUCAACCGCCAGUGCUCCUCUGGGCUGCAAGCGAUCGCCGACGUCGCGGCGAGCAUCAAGGCUGGCUACUACGACAUCGGAAUCGCAGGGGGUAUCGAGACGAUGUCGAUCAACCCGAUGGACUGGAAGGGCGACAUCAGCCCCGCCUCCGUCAUGCACGAGCAGGCGCGCUCCUGCCUGCUGCCCAUGGGAAUCACGUCGGAGAACGUGGCUGCGCGCUGGGGCAUCGACCGCGACACCAUGGACGCCUUCGCCGCCACGAGCCACGCCAAGGCCGCAGCCGCACAAGCGUCGGGACGCUUUGCGGCGGAGAUCGUGCCCGUGCGCGGCCUGGACAAGGACGACGGCAUCCGCGCAGGCACGACGCCGGAGUCCCUCGCCAAGCUGAAGCCGGCGUUCAUGCCGAAAGGCACAACCACGGCCGGCAACGCCUCCCAGGUCACAGACGGCGCCGCCGCCGUUCUUCUGAUGCGGCGCUCCGAGGCGCAGCGCCGCGGCCUGAAGGUCCUCGGCGUCCUCCGCAGCUUCGCCGUGGUCGGCUGCGACCCGGCCGUCAUGGGCAUCGGGCCCGCGGUCGCCAUCCCGGAGGCAGUCAAACGCGCGGGCAUAGCCAUCAGCGACCUCGACGUCGUGGAGCUGAACGAGGCGUUCGCGUCGCAGGCCACGUACUGCAUCAACAAGCUCGGCCUGGACCCCGCGAAGGUCAACCCCAACGGCGGCGCCAUCGCGCUCGGCCACCCCCUGGGCUGCACGGGGGCGCGGUGCACCGCCACGCUGCUGCAUGAGAUGGCCAAGCGGCCGGGGGCGCGGUACGGCGCCGUGUCGAUGUGCAUCGGCACGGGCAUGGGCGCGGCGGCGGUGUUCGAGGUCCCGAGCGCGUGA